AUGGUUCACGGCCGUCAAUUCAUCAUCUUCCCUUUCGACGAUUUGAUAUUAGAUCUCACUGCACAAACUCUCAUAGAUCAUGCUGAGGAUAAGACGAGACAAAGGGAAUCAAGAAUCCUCUUCACGUAUUUCCAGAGCCUUGCUGUGAUGAGGAAAGCUAAAGAUUUGGCUGCGUCUGGAAACGUUAGAGAACUUGAAGUGUUUGCUAGCUCUGAGGUGAAGAGGACCUCGCAGUCACUCCAAGAAAGACAGCUGAGCCAAGAUGGGAGGGUUAAAGAUGGUGAAAAGCAAGCGCAUGUCAAGACUAGAAAGGAAGAUUUGGUGUACGAGAACCCCAAAAAGGAAGAACAAGAAGAAGAAGAGGUUGAUGAAGAGACUUUCAAGGAGAGGAAAAGAGAAGAGCAAGCAGAGAAAGCUCGGUUACCCAUGGAAAGGAAGAGGAAGCUACAAAAGAAAGCUGCUGCUAAAGCUGCUAUCAGAGCUCAGAAGGAAGCUGAAAAGAAACUCAAGGAGUGUGAGAAGAAAGCGAAGAAGAAAGCUGCUGCUGCAAACUCUCCUGCUCCUUCAGAAUCAGACCAAUCACGAGAAGCAAUCAGUGAAAAGGUUACGACUUUGGCAGUCUCAGGGAACGAGAGACACCAGAAGGAGGAGAAAUUACUGUUUCCAACGCAGAGAUCUUUCAGGUACAAACACCGUGGAAGAGGCACAGAAGCUCUCCCUAAAUAA